AUGCUAUGUAGCUCUAAAUUUAUAAAUGAUAUGCGCGGUAUAUCCAUAAACUUGACAAAUUUCUUUUCGUCAUACGUACCGCUACUUGAUUCAUUUGUAAUUGGCCCUAAGAAUUCGUUAUCGGCAGAAAGGACAACGUCAUACUCCGAUAAGGUCACAGGUAUUGUUAAGCGUACAAGAUAUACUUCUAUUAUAGUUGCGGAAUUGUUAAGUAUAUCCAAAUCGGACGAAACAAUUUCAGAUUGGACGGAUUUGAGGGAUAAAUUUGCCAAGACAGAGACUAAUACUGGCGAUACUGAGGAUUUUGUGAGAUUAGCAGAGUCUCACAACGACAUAAUCCAAGAACUAGUAGAGCGCACAUACGAAUUUGACCGCCCUUACAAGUACUCAGAGGCUAACAAUUCCAUAAGGUUCGGGACGAACAAAACCCGGAUCAAUAAGGAAGAAAAACGGGAACCUUUGUCUAAGGAUGAUAUGGAAUUUAUAAAGGGUGCUUUGAACACUGUCCAUGAACACGAAAAUGAGAUUAACAACGCAAUAAAAACAAUAAACACACUGUCUGAGAAUGAACAGAUAGACAACACUAGCAAGGAACAGUUACUCGGUGCAUUUGACACUUUGGAGGAUCACUUCAAUGAUCAUCCCAGCAACGCCUCUAACAUCAUAAAAUCCGGGCUCUUGCAAUCGUUCAUUAAUUUAUUAAAGAGCAAUGAUCACGAUAUUCUGAAUUCGACCUUAUCGAUAAUAUCAUGCACGCUAUCAAACAACGAAUCCAUCAUCAACAAAGCAUCAGAUUUUGGUUUGGCUGAAAGUUUAUUAAGACUAAGACAUGUACUUAAAGCAACACCACUGGAACCAAAACUACUAAGCGCAAUAUCAUCAUCGGUGAGGAACGGUAAUGUAGCGGAAGCUAAUUUUGUCAAAAAUGGUGGUCUGGGAUAUCUUUCCGAAUGUAUUCGUAGCAAAAAUCCAAAGACAAGAGAGCGUGCAGUGCUGUUUUUGGUUCAUUUUCUAGCACUAGACAAGCUGACCAAGGCUUCAAUACGGAAUAUGAGACCCUGUAACAUUAUAAAAUCUCUCUUACCUUUGGAACCACUCGUGCAAGGAAUACAGUAUUGUGAAGUGUGCACAAGGCUAUUUAAAUUACUACUUCAAAAACACAGAAAUUGUUUCACUAGGGACGAAAUGAGAGAGAUAACACAGCUAUUUUCGAAGGAUUUGAAAGCAAUUACCAGUAUGAAUCAGGAAUCACUAGAUGAAAUAAAAAAUGUACUUUUAACGCUAACACAGUAA